AAACUAUUCGAUUUUGACCCGUACAACAGUUACAAGGCCUCUUUGGCGAAAGACGCGUCGUUCUUAUAUAUUGUGACUUCUAGAUAUAUCAACUUGUUGAUAUAUAAGACUUAUAAUACCACUAUUGGCGCACCAUAUGUUCAGUAGUUUCUAAUUUAUUCAAGUGCGACAACAAGAUGGCAUUUUCAAUUUUAAGAAAUGGACUUAAGUUGGGGAAGCAUUUACAAAAGUUUUCGGCAUUUAAAACCGCUUCUGAAAGCGGUGUUAAGAUGGAGGCUAUGAAGAAUGGCGCAGCGGCAAUGACCUGCACCCAAUAUUCGUGCCUCCUGGUGCCAAAAACUCCGAUAAAAGCCCCUGCAAGAGAUUUUAGCAGCAAACACGCAAAGCCCCACCAAGAAAGAACAUACCUCUCAUCUUCCGAGUCAGAUAGCGAUUUGGAAGAAUGGAUUGGCAAAAGAGGAAAUUCCGACUUCUGGAGGAGGAAAAUGCGCACCUUCCACGCUAUUUUAGACCUCAACAAGGACGGUGUGAUCUCUUUUGACGAUUUUAAGCUACUUGCCGAUCGAUUCGUCGAUUUGGGACAUAUUAGUGAGAAACAUUCCCAGGAGUUUUACCAAGUUAUCCAGGAACUAUGGGAAAAACUAUUUGGGGAAAUCACUCCUUACAAUACAGUAUCAGUGUUCGCUUUCUUGGAUAAUAUGCACCAUGUGCUUAAUGAUAAAAGGCUCGUGAGGCACGCCCAUUCUUUUUUACCUUACUUAUUUAAGGCUGUAGAUAAGGACCAAUCCGGUGAAAUCACGGUAGAAGAAUUCAAAUUAUUCUUCAACAUUUUGGGAAUCAACGAGAUUGACGCAGUGGUCGCCUUUCGAUCCAUCGAUACCAACGGAGAUGGAAAAAUUACCGCGAAAGAGUUCGUGAAGCAUGGCAGGGAGUUUUUCGUUACCGAAGACCCGGAGAGGAUUUCCAAGUACUUUUGGGGUCCACUGGUGGACCAUUAAAGUUCAAUUUUCGUAUUGAAAGCUAUUGUAGUUUCUAAUGCGGAAAUUUGCUUUUAAUUUUAUAAGUAAGGACAAAAAAAGUAUAAAAAACACUUAAAAAAUCAUUAAAAAAAAAACAGAUUUUAAUAUAGCUUGUUGUUCUUACAGGUUUCAGCCUAAUAAUGAAUUUAUAUUAAAUUUUUAUUAGGUUAAGUUUAAUUUUAGGGUGUAAUGUGAUAAAAUGUGUGUAAUCCUUUUUUUUUAUAAUAAAUCAAAUCAUUGACAAA